UAGCCUGAUGAUCUCUGGUGCAUAGGGAUGAAGGAAACAGACAGCAACUGACCAUGUGGAGCAUCCUGGUGAUUCUUUUCUGGUUCUCAACUCUAAUUAUCAAGGCUACCCCACUAAUAUGUGACUUGCUGAAUGUCCUGAGGAAGGAAGAAGAACUCUGUGCUGAGACGCUGUCCCAGGAAGGACAGAACAGAACAUUUGAAAAUGACCAGUUCAUGAGUUCAGGCAGAUGUGCUGGAAUGUGGGAUAACAUGAGCUGCUGGCCUUCUUCUUCAAUUGGACAGACUGUCAAUGCUCAUUGUCCAGAAUUCUUCCAAAUGCUUACUGGAAAAAAAGGUUUUGUGCAUCGAAACUGCACCAGUGAAGGGUGGUCAGAGGCAUUCCCGAGACCCGAUGUUGCUUGUGGCUAUGACGUGAACGACACUGCCAAUGAGGAGAGACGCAUCUACUUCAUGAAGCUGAAGACCAUGUACACAGUUGGAUAUAGUACCUCCCUUGGGACUCUGACAGUAGCCUUAGGAAUCCUGGCCUCAUUUAGAAGACUACGUUGUAUGAGGAACUACAUCCACAUGCAUCUGUUUACAUCCUUCAUUUUCCGAGCCUUGUCAAACUUAAUCAAAGACGCCGUUUUGUUUUCUUCUGAGGACGUUAACUACUGCGGGGCACACACGAUUGGGUGUAAACUCGUCAUGAUCUUCUUUCAGUAUUGCAUCAUGGCUAACUACAGUUGGCUUCUUGUGGAGGGACUGUAUCUCCACACCCUUCUGGUCGUUUCUUUCUUCUCGGAAAGGAAGUUCUUCCGGUGGUUCAUCGCCCUGGGAUGGGGCACCCCAACCAUAUUUGUUAUAGCAUGGUCCGUCACCAGGCACCUAUGUGAAGAUAUAGGGUGUUGGGACAUUAAUACCAAUGCUGCUAUCUGGUGGAUCAUUAGAGGCCCUGUAGUCCUGUCUAUUUUUGUUAAUUUCAUUCUUUUUGUAAAUAUUUUAAGAAUCUUAAUGAGAAAGCUCAAAUCGCCAGAAGGAAGGGGAAAUGAUUUCAACCAAUACAAGAGACUUGCAAAAUCGACACUCCUUCUCGUCCCCCUUUUUGGAAUUCACUAUAUCAUCUUUGCUUUUUCCCCUGAGGACGUGAACAGCGGCACGAUGGAAAUUCAGCUGGUUUUUGAAUUAGCACUCGGAUCAUUCCAGGGCUUUAUUGUGGCUGUGCUGUACUGUUUUCUCAAUGGCGAGGUUCAAUUGGAAAUUCACAGAAAAUGGAGGCAGUGGCAUUUAAGCCAACACGUUCACUUGAAUCAGCACCUCAACUCUUCAUCCAGUAACGGAGGAAGUGGUUUCACCCAGGUGAUGCAGAUGUUGAAGCCCAGCCCUCAAGAGCAAAAGAGGCAGACUAUCCAGAAGUCAAGUGUAAUUUAG